UAUAGCAGAAUAAAAGAAGAAGAAAAAAAAGACUAGAUGCUCGGGCUUGAUUUAUGCCUGAAAGUUACCACGACAUUCCACCUACACCUGUAAAAUAGCAGACAGCUUACUAUUCUUCAUUAGAGAAAAAAGAAACAAAACCCAAAAAGGAACUGCUGAGCAUUUGUCAUGCCUCGGAACCGGGCUUUUUCGGAGCCGGAGUACUCAGCAGAGUAUUCUGCGGAUUGCUCAGUGACCCUCCCAUCUGACCCCGGCCAGGCAGUUGGGUGCACACAUGAAGUCACAGUUCGUAGCUCGGGUUGCUGUCUGUGCCUGCCACGCUUCAUGCGUCUCACCUUCGCCCCUGAGUCACUAGAGAACCUCUACCAGACCUACUUCAGACGACAGAGACAUGAAACCCUUCUGGUGUUGGUGGUGUUUGCUGCCCUCUUUGACAGCUACAUCAUCAUCAUGUGCGCAGUGGUUUACACCAGUGAAAAACUGGCGUCUGUAGUGGUGGCGUCCGUGGGACUAGCAGCAGACAUCUUACUGUACCUGCUGUGCUGCUAUGGCCUACUACCAGACCGUGUCUCAAGGAGGAUGGUGCCCUAUGCUCUUUGGGUGCUAAUAGUCGCCCAGAUAUUUUGCUACCUUGGUCUGAACUAUGCCCGCUUCCACCAGGCCAGCGACACGGUGGGCUGGCAGGCCUUCUUCAGUUUCUCCUUCUUCCUGACUCUGCCCCUGAGGCUCACACCCAUUGUACUGAUCACAGCCGUGUCCUGCGGAGUGCAUACCCUGGUGCUCGGGGUCACCAUUGCCCAGCAACAGCAGGAGGACAUCCAGGGGGCAUCACUGGGCAGACAGCUGCUGGCCAACAUUGUAAUAUAUACAUGUGCCAUCACUGUGGGAGUCAUGUCGUACUACAUGGCUGACCGCAAGCAUCGCAAAGCCUUCCUGGAGGCGAGGCAGUCACUGGAGGUCAAACUCAACCUGGAAGAACAGAGCCAGCAACAGGAACGCCUGUUGCUAUCCAUCCUUCCAAAGCACAUAGCAGAUGAGAUGCUCCAGGAUAUGAAGAAAGAGGCCAGUCAGAAAGAGAUGCAGCAGUUUAACACCAUGUACAUGUACAGACAUGAAAAUGUCAGUAUUUUGUUUGCAGACAUUGUGGGCUUCACCCAGCUGUCAUCCUCCUGCAGUGCUCAGGAGCUGGUGAAGCUUCUUAAUGAGCUGUUUGCCCGCUUUGACAAGUUAGCAGCAAAAUAUCACCAGCUGAGAAUCAAGAUCCUGGGAGACUGCUACUACUGUAUAUGUGGCUUGCCAGAUUAUAGAGAGGACCAUGCUGCGUGCUCUAUUAUGAUGGGUCUGGCCAUGGUGGAGGCAAUCUCGUAUGUUCGUGAGAAAACUCAGACAGAUGUGGACAUGCGUGUGGGAGUCCACAGUGGUACUGUCCUGGGGGGUGUACUGGGUCAGAAACGCUGGCAGUAUGACGUUUGGUCCACUGAUGUCACUGUAGCCAACAAGAUGGAGGCAGGAGGAAUACCAGGUCGUGUGCACAUCUCCCAGAGCACCAUGGAGUGCCUUCAUGGCGAGUUUGAUGUGGAGCCAGGGAAUGGGGGAGACCGCUGUGACUACCUGAAGGAGAGGGGCAUUGAGACCUACCUGGUGGUUGUCCCUAAAGGGCCUUUGGGAAAGAAUGGCAUCAAUGGGGUGAAGCUGUCUGUGACCUCAUCCAAUGGAAACUCCCCACUUUUGAUCAACACUACAGAGUGCAACGGAAGUGUCAACACAACAUGCACAACACCUGAGGAACCCGAGGAACUUGACACAAGAGUUGUGAAUCCAUCUUUCCCUAACCCUCGGCGAAGAUUGCGGUUGCGGGACUUGGCGGAAAGAGUGAUCGACGCUCAAGAAAAUGAACAGGAACUCAACAAACUCCUCAAUGAAGCUCUGUUGGAGAGAGAGACUGUACAAGCUCUGAAGGGCAAGCACACAAACCGCUUGUCGCUGCGUUUUGUGAACCCUGACCUGGAAACACGGUACUCUGUGGAAAAGGAGAAGCAGAGCGGGGCCGCUUUCAGCUGCUCUUGUGUCGUUCUCUUCUUCACAGCAGCUGUGGGGGCUCUCAUAGACCCGGGGCUGUUUGUGAACUACAUUACCCUCGCUGUGGGAGAGGUCCUGCUGCUCAUCCUUACCAUCUGCUCUUUGGCCGCCAUCUUCCCCCGAGUCUUUCCUAAGAAGUUGGUGUCUUUCUCCACCUGGAUCGACCACACUCGCUGGGCACGGAACACUUGGGCUAUGGCAGCCAUCUUCAUCCUCACCAUGGCAGAUAUUGUAGACAUGCUGAGCUGUCUGCCUCAGACUCCACCUGCUUCAGGCAGUGCUACAGUGGCGCCUUCCUCCCCCUCCUCUUUCAUGUUGUCUGGCCCAGAGGGUUGUCUAGACAACCCCAAGUAUUACAGCUACAUCUCAGUACUUGCACUCAUGGCAACCACCAUGCUGGUGCAGGUCAGCCACAUGGUCAAGCUCACACUUAUGCUGCUCAUCACCUUGGCAACGGGAAUUGUCAACAUCUACAGUUGGAGGGACAUAUUUGACCGUUAUGACAUGUCUCGGUUUCAAGGCUAUAGAUCGUCCCUUGUGCCCUCCAAGUUUACAAUGACUAUUAUGAUCUUCAUCAUGAUGGUCAGCUUCUAUUACUUUUCCCGCCAUGUGGAGAAGCUAGCUCGUACCUUGUUCCUGUGGAAGAUUGAGGUCCACGAGCAGAAGGAGAAGGUCUAUGAGAUGAGGCGCUGGAAUGAAGCACUAGUAACAAACAUGCUGCCAGAACAUGUAGCACGCCACUUUCUGGGCUCCAAGAAAAGGGAUGAGGAACUGUACAGCCAAUCUUAUGAUGAGAUUGGAGUAAUGUUCGCCUCCAUACCCAACUUCUCAGACUUUUACACAGAGGAGAGCAUCAAUAAUGGAGGAAUUGAAUGCCUAAGGUUUCUCAACGAGAUCAUCUCCGAUUUUGACAGUCUGCUGGAUGAGUCUCAGUUCCGCUGCAUUACAAAGAUCAAGACCAUCGGCAGCACCUACAUGGCAGCAUCCGGCGUCACCCCUGACAUUAGCAAUGGCUACGCCUGCUUGAAGAAGGAAGAGCUGUCAGAUCGAGAACGCUGGCAACACUUAGCAGACCUGGCUGACUUCGCUCUUGCCAUGAAAGUCACACUCAUGAACAUUAACUACCAGUCGUUCAACAACUUCAUGCUUCGGAUAGGUCUAAAUAAAGGUGGAGUCUUAGCAGGAGUGAUUGGUGCCCGGAAACCCCACUAUGACAUCUGGGGCAACACUGUGAAUGUGGCCAGUCGUAUGGAGUCAACAGGGGUAAUGGGCAACAUCCAGGUGGUUGAGGACUGCUACAGCAUUCUGAAGGAGUAUGGCUUCCGUUUUGUACGGAGAGGUCCAAUCUUUGUGAAGGGAAAAGGAGAGCUGCUCACCUACUUUCUAAAGGGGAGAGACAAACAAGGCUCUUUUAUCAAUGGCUCCUCUGUCACUCUGCCACACCAAGUGGUGGACAGCUAA